AACAAACUGACGAUGUUGGAUAUUGCAUCAAAUAGGAUCAAAAAGAUUGAAAAUGUCAGCCAUCUAACAGAGCUGCAGGAAUUUUGGAUGAAUGACAACCUCAUUGAGAGUUGGAGCGACCUGGAUGAACUGAAAGGUGCGGGGAACCUGGAGACGGUGUACCUGGAGCGGAACCCCCUGCAGAAGGACCCCCAGUACAGGAGGAAGAUCAUGCUGGCCCUCCCCACCGUGCGGCAGAUUGAUGCCACCUUCGUCAGGUUCUGA